UUCUGGUUCCGGUGGCUGCUCGACAGUCACCAUGAUCGGGGAUAUCUUGCUGUUCGGGACACUGCUGAUGAACGCCGGCGCCGUGCUCAACUUCAAGUUGAAAAAAAAAGACACCCAGGGGUUUGGGGAGGAGUCAAAGGAACCAAGUACAGGUGACAACAUCAGGGAGUUCUUACUGAGUCUCAGAUACUUUCGAAUCUUCAUCGCCUUAUGGAAUGUUUUCAUGAUGUUUUGUAUGAUUGUGUUAUUUGGCUCUUGAAAAGUCAUGGCUGGAGAACCAGGAGCCAACCUUUAUAGGAUGUUGAUUCUCUGAUCCUGACAACUUUGUGAAUGUGUUUGACCGGAAACUGUUGACCUUCCUACAGAGUUAAAGUUUGUGGGACCAGGGGUGGGGUGGGGGAAAGAUGUAUGCAAAGGUCCUUUGGCCACAGUUUUCAUUUCCAAAGGACACUUUAAUGCAGCCUCUGAAAUUCUGCUCAAUUCACUAGGUGUUUGGUAUUUUGCAAGGAUUCAAAGGUGCCUGGAUAAAUGUCCAUUCCCUCCAGAUAAGAAGCUAUGUCUAGAUCUGGCAAAGAAACAAACUACCCUCUCAAGGAUUGCUUUAAAAGAGCUGUGUUUAAAGUUUAUUUUUUGUGGACUUUUAUUUUUGGGGCGGGGGGGUGUUGAAAACAAAACACAACUGGUAUUUUGUAAUUCUCUACUAUCAGUGCAUUGCUCGUGGCUGGCCAACUUUUAUGCUCCAUUAUGGUCUUUUUCUCUCUAGAGUUUCUAAGUUAUGAGUAAUGAUUGCACUGUGCUAAUCUAUCAGAGCUCUUAGACGGGCACAAUUCUCAUCCCUGUUUCAGGAAAGUUAUUUGGGCCAACUAGUUAGUGUGCUAAUUUACCACAUUGCUUUAGAGAACAGGCACUCUUUUAUAUGAGAGGCUAAUUUUAACACCUAGACAGAGGGAGAAAGUGAACCAUUAUGAGUUCAGUAAAAGAUUUAAAAGAGCUCUAUUCUUAGUGUGUUUGGUACCAACAACUUUUAGGGAAAACAUUGUGAAAAAUAUAUUUUCUUCAUCUCAAAGCCCUUUUAGUCAAGGUAUUUUAUUAAGUAUUAGUAAAAGCCAGGAUAUUGUUUUAGUUGUGAUAUUAAGGUUACAUUCUAAGUAUUUGACUCCCUGGGGCUGCUUUUUUAUUUAGUAAUUUAUAGGGCAAAGAAAUCAGCACACUAUAUGAACCCAAUGAUGUAAGCUUAAAAAGCAAAGAAUAAGAAAUGAAAUUGCUAAAAGGAAACUGAGGGUCAGAUCACUACACUCAAGGAACAUUUUUGUUAUUGUCUGCUUUUUAAAAAUUCUUUGCUUGUAAAGAAUCCCAGGGAGGGAAAAAGUAAGUGUAGUGAUUUGCAGAAACAGCUAUUGGAAAUAAAAUUCAUCUGUAAAAGGAG